CAAUAUUUUAUUUUGAAUCAAGAUUAUAGAGUUAGGUUAGGUCUAACUCUAUAAUCUUUGAUUUUGAAUGCUUAUUUUUAAUAUUUUGUUUUGAACCGGUAAUGUGAUGUCUCUCACACAUAAAGCUCUCAGAUUCUUAAGAUAUCCAGUUAUUGGAAAACGAAACUUCCAUCUUUCUCCUAGUUUAUGUGAAUUCUGGAUUAGAGAUGAAAAAGGGGGCUACUCAGGAAAGCACGAAGAACUACCUCCUCUUACCAAAAGGAUACCUCAAGGAUUCAAAGAACUCAAAGAAGAAAUAGAAUUAUACAAAAAAGAACUAUAUGAGGAUUUUUUUUGGUUGAAUACUCCCCUGAUUGUUCGUCCUGGAGAAAUAGAUAUAAUAUGGAAAUUUGGAAAAGAGAGCAGUUUGGAUACCUGGGUAACAAGUUCGGAUAGCGACCACAACGAAGGUUUUAGUAAAUGUGAGUUGAUGCUAACCAAGGAUGGUAAUGGAUUAUUCUCAGGUGAACUAAAUAAAAGAGUACCUAAGGAUGGAAAGAUUGCAAGAGCAGGCUACUGUAAUAUGAAAACAAAAACAUUCAGAAAAUCGUUCAAAAGACAAAAGUACUUAGAUUGGACAGCUUAUAAUGUUUUGAAUAUGAAAGUUAGAGGUGAUGGUAGAUCGUAUUUUUUAAAUAUAGGAAAUAAGGGAUACUUUGAUCUUUCUUGGAAUGAUAUGUAUCAUUAUCCUCUUUAUACAAGAGGUGGUCCUUACUGGCAAAUUGUGAGGAUUCCAUUUUCCAAAUUCUUCCUUUCAUCGAGGGGACGCAUCCAAGAUAAGCAAUUUGCAAUUGAUCUGAGCAAAAUAUCUAGUUUUUCAAUUACAAUGGCAGAUAAAGUGGAUGGGCCAUUUUCACUUGAGAUAGAAUACAUAGGACUAGAAAAUGAUCCUUAUCAUAGAGAAAGUUUUGCAUAUGAAAUGUACCAGUUAGAUGGUAACAUUGCAGCUUCCUAAAAGUUUGAAGGAUUUUCAUUUACCUUAUAUACAUCCUGCGCCUAUCAUUUUUCAAGUGGACAUCAAGAAGAUGUUUAUGAAUCCCGGAUUGUUAAAAUUGGUGGACGUCAAUCAGAUAUACUGGUCCAUUAAAAUGUGGAUAAAACCUUGAGGAGUUGAUGGUUAUUGAAAAAAUAAAGGAUUUUUCCUUCAAGUAGCUAAUACUUGCCAUUAAAACUUGACUUGUAAUACGUUUUUGUGGGCAUUAUGUAUUGAAUAUAGAAUUGACAAAAAUCACUGGGAAAAAAUUGGUUGAAUUAAAGAAAAUCCUAAAAGAUUUCAACAUAUAUUUAUUCAACAAGAAAGAUAACAUAUAUAUAGCAAAUGUGCUAUUAAAUCGUAAUUGUGGAACAUAGAAUAAAAUGCAUAAUUUAGUAUUCAA